AUCAGUCUUGUUUGUAAAUUUUUCCGAAUGAACGAGUUUGUGUGCGCAUACUUGCGGCAGUGGAAAUCGAGUUGGUUAACUCGGCAUAAAUCAGACAGUUGGAGCAUCUUUUUGUUCAAGUUUCUGAAAAUGGACCUCUUUGUCAAUGAAAAUGCAGUGCAGUUAUACCCCCAAGGUCAACAGAGGGUUAAUCAAUUGGGUGGCAUUUUCGUCAAUGGUCGGCCACUUUCGCUGGAAAAACGUGCAAAGAUCCUGCAACUGGCUAAAACGGGCGUCAGACCAUGCAAAAUUUCUAAAGCACUUCGUGUUUCACAUGGAUGCGUCUCGAAGAUCCUAAAUAGAUAUCAAGAGACUGGAAGCUUGCAACCUGGAGUAAUUGGUGGAUCCAAAUCGGGCAAGACAACGGCCAAAAUGGAGAAUGGAACAUGCAAAGAGAACUCAUCGUCAUCCGUUAGUUAUGUGUAUGGCUUACUAGAAGGCAAACCAGAAGGUGCGGAGGGAAAAACGCAUUCGCCUGACACAGGUGUUGGUACAUCUGAGUCGGACCAAGAUGGUCAUCUUGGACCAUGCUGUGAUCUUCCGCUGAAGAAGCGACGAACACGCACAGUGUUUACACCCGGUCAGCUGGAGUCGCUCGAAGCGGUUUUUGCUAAGAAUCAGUACCCUGAUGUCUACAAAAGGGACGAGUUAGCCGGGAAAACUCGCUUGACCGAAGCCAGGGUGCAAGUUUGGUUCUCUAAUCGGCGAGCCAGGUUUCGCAAGCAAUGGAACCAGCAGACUCUCCCAGCCCAAUGUGGAGCUCCAAAUGUCAACUUCCAAAAUAAAUACUCCAAUCUAUGGGCGGCGGGUCAUAAUGACUAUUUGCCUGUUGCUUCCACACCGAGCAAAACUGCCAUGAUGCAAUGGCAAUGGUCAAACUCUCCACUUUCCAAUCCACAGUUUCCAAUGUACGACAUUCAAUACCAAACACCAAAUAGCUCGCAUCCAAAUCUCUCCAACUCCACAAUAUCCACGGCUCUUCCGAUUGGUCCGCAAAACGCAUGUUACGCAGCACCUACAUAUCACUCCUAUCCAACCAUUGCUCCUACCUGCACCAUGACUGGUCUACAGCAAGGCUCCUACAGCAUGGAUGGACUGGGCUGAUUCUAGCGAUUGUUCAAAAUUGCGGCUCAAAUGGUACUGAAUCAGCAUGCUUUUUGGGCCGCUGAUCAGACUUCUGUCUGGUUUGCUAUGCGCAGCGGAAAUCCAUCUUUCCCCAGUUUUCUCUAAUAUUCGAGAAUUACCAAACUCAAACAUCUCAGUAUCUCAUGAGUACGACCAGGCAGAAUUAAAUAGAGUCUUCGAUGUCCAUGACUCAAAGGCAGAAGCUUGGAACUUGGAGUCUAAGGAUGAUUGUGAAGACAUGCGAUAUUAUGUAAAUAUGUAUGAGAUUGUAGAUUGUAAAAUAUGCAAAUAAAUAGAUAUGGAAGAGCUCGACAUUGACUGAAAUUGACUGUUAUUUAG